GGGUUAUAGGUGUGCAUGCCUCACCGUGCCUGGCCCUGUGAUCUACUUUUCAACUCAAUCUUUUAUCAGUCAUUGCUGGAUUGGCAGCCACCAUUUGCAUGUGAUGUUGAUAAACUUCAUUUUACCCCACGAAUCCAGAGGCUGAACGAAUUGGAGGCUCAAACUCGUGUAAAAUUGAAUUUCCUGGACCAGAUUGCAAAGUACUGGGAGUUACAGGGAAGUACUCUGAAAAUUCCACAUGUGGAGAGGAAGAUUUUGGACUUGUUUCAACUGAAUAAGUUAGUUGCGGAAGAAGGUGGAUUUGCUAUUGUUUGCAAGGAUAGAAAAUGGACCAAAAUUGCUACAAAGAUGGGGUUUGCUCCUGGCAAAGCUGUAGGUUCACAUAUCAGAGGGCAUUAUGAACGAAUCCUCAACCCAUACAACUUAUUCCUCUCUGGAGACAGUUUGAGGUGUCUACAGAAGCCCAACCUGACCACAGACACCAAGGACAAGGAGUACAAACCCCACGACAUUCCCCAGAGGCAGUCUGUGCAGCCCUCAGAAACCUGUCCCCCAGCCCGACGAGCAAAACGUAUGAGAGCAGAGGCUAUGAAUAUUAAAAUAGAACCAGAAGACACUACAGAAGCCAGAACUCAUAAUCUGAGACGUCGGAUGGGUUGUCCAACUCCAAAAUGUGAAAAUGAGAAAGAAAUGAAAAGUAACAUCAAACAAGAACCCUUUGAGAAGAAAGAUUAUAUUGUAGAGAGUGAGAAGGAAAAGCCCAAGAGUCGAUCUAAAAAAACCACCAAUGCUGUGGACCUGUAUGUCUGUCUCUUAUGUGGCAGUGGCAGUGAUGAGGACCGGCUUCUCUUGUGUGAUGGUUGUGAUGACAGUUACCAUACCUUUUGUUUGAUCCCACCUCUCCAUGAUGUUCCCAAGGGAGACUGGAGGUGUCCUAAGUGUUUGGCUCAGGAAUGUAGUAAGCCACAAGAAGCAUUUGGCUUUGAACAAGCAGCCAGGGACUAUACCCUUCGUACUUUUGGAGAAAUGGCAGAUGCAUUCAAAUCUGAUUAUUUCAACAUGCCGGUCCAUAUGGUUCCCACAGAGCUGGUCGAGAAAGAAUUUUGGCGACUGGUAAGCACUAUUGAAGAAGAUGUCACAGUGGAAUAUGGAGCUGAUAUUGCUUCAAAGGAAUUUGGCAGUGGCUUUCCUGUCCGAGAUGGAAAAAUCAAACUUUCACCUGAAGAAGAGGAAUAUCUUGAUAGUGGCUGGAAUCUGAACAAUAUGCCAGUGAUGGAGCAGUCUGUCCUUGCUCACAUUACUGCAGACAUAUGCGGCAUGAAGCUGCCUUGGCUGUAUGUGGGAAUGUGCUUUUCUUCCUUCUGUUGGCAUAUCGAAGACCAUUGGAGCUAUUCAAUCAACUACCUGCACUGGGGUGAGCCAAAAACCUGGUAUGGAGUCCCGGGGUAUGCUGCCGAGCAGCUAGAAAAUGUUAUGAAGGAACUGGCUCCAGAGCUCUUCGUGUCCCAACCUGAUCUCCUGCAUCAGCUUGUGACCAUCAUGAACCCCAAUACCCUGAUGACUCACGAAGUGCCUGUUUAUCGAACAAAUCAGUGUGCUGGGGAGUUUGUGAUUACAUUUCCAAGAGCCUACCACAGUGGUUUUAACCAAGGUUUUAAUUUUGCUGAGGCUGUGAACUUCUGCACUGUCGAUUGGCUGCCAUUAGGCCGACAGUGUGUGGAACAUUAUCGCUUGCUUCAUCGCUAUUGCGUGUUUUCCCACGAUGAGAUGAUUUGCAAGAUGGCUUCCAAGGCUGACAUCCUAGAUGUUGUAGUGGCUUCCACUGUUCAGAAGGACAUGGCCAUUAUGAUUGAGGAUGAGAAAGCUUUAAGGGAAGUUGUCCGUAAAUUGGGAGUGAUUGACUCGGAAAGAAUGGAUUUUGAGCUGUUGCCGGAUGAUGAGCGGCAGUGUAUAAAAUGCAAAACUACAUGCUUCAUGUCUGCCAUCUCCUGUUCCUGUAAACCUGGCCUGCUUGUCUGCCUGCAUCAUGUAAAAGAACUGUGUUCCUGCCCUCCUUAUAAAUACAAACUUCAGUAUAGAUACACUCUGGAUGACCUCUACCCUAUGAUGAAUGCUUUGAAGCUUCGAGCAGAAUCUUACAAUGAGUGGGCCUUGAAUGUGAAUGAAGCUUUGGAGGCAAAGAUCAACAAGAAGAAAAGCCUUAUUAACUUCAAGACUUUAAUUGAAGAAUCUGAAAUGAAGAAAUUCCCAGACAAUGAUCUUUUACGUCACCUUCGCUUAGUCACACAGGAUGCAGAGAAGUGUGCCUCUGUUGCACAGCAGUUGCUUAAUGGCAAAAGACAGACUAGAUACCGAUCUGGUGGGGGAAAAUCCCAAAAUCAGUUGACGGUGAAUGAACUCCGACAGUUUGUGACACAGUUGUAUGCUCUUCCUUGUGUCCUCAGUCAAACACCAUUGCUGAAGGAUCUCUUGAAUCGUGUGGAAGAUUUCCAGCAGCAUAGCCAGAAACUACUCUCUGAGGAAAUGCCUAGUGCUGCUGAGCUGCAGGACUUGCUAGAUAUCAGCUUUGAAUUUGAUGUUGAACUUCCACAGCUUGCUGAGAUGCGGACCCGUCUGGAGCAGGCCCGUUGGCUAGAAGAGGUGCAGCAAGCUUGCCUGGACCCCAGCUCCCUUACUUUAGAUGAUAUGAGACGUCUCAUAGACCUUGGGGUAGGGCUCGCCCCAUACUCAGCAGUGGAGAAAGCCAUGGCCCGGCUGCAGGAACUGCUUACAGUGUCCGAGCACUGGGAUGACAAAGCCAAGAGUCUUCUCAAGGCCAGACCUCGACAUUCGUUGAGCAGCCUUGCUACGGCAGUAAAGGAGAUCGAGGAGAUCCCUGCGUACCUGCCUAAUGGCGCAGCCUUGAAAGAUUCAGUGCAGAGAGCCAGGGACUGGCUUCAGGAUGUGGAGGCCCUGCAGGCUGGAGGUCGUGUACCGGUAUUAGAGACACUCAUAGAACUUGUUACAAGAGGCCGAUCUAUGCCGGUACAUCUGAAUUCUUUGCCCAGACUGGAAUCACUAGUAGCUGAGGUUCAGGCUUGGAAGGAAUGUGCUGCUAAUACAUUCGUGACUGAGAAUUCUCCAUAUUCUCUCUUAGAGGUACUGUGUCCUCGAUGUGAUAUUGGCCUUUUGGGACUGAAAAGGAAGCAGAGAAAGUUAAAGGAGCCUUUGCCAAGUGGGAAGAAGAAAAGCACCAAACUAGAGACUCUCAAUGACCUGGAAAGGGCUUUAACUGAAAGCAAAGAGACUGCUUCAGCUAUGGCAACGCUUGGGGAAGCUCGCCUAAGAGAAAUGGAAGCCUUGCAGUCUCUCAGAGUCGCCAAUGAAGGGAAAUUGCUCUCACCUGUCCAAGAUGUGGAGUUGAAAGUCUGCCUAUGUCAGAAGGCCCCAGCGACCCCUAUGAUUCAGUGUGAACUCUGCAGGGAUGCUUUCCACACUAGUUGUGUGGCAGUACCCAGUACUACACAAAGUCCCCGAAUCUGGCUUUGUCCCCAUUGUCGGAGGUCAGAGAAACCUCCCUUAGAGAAAAUUCUGCCCCUGCUGGCCUCCCUGCAGCGCAUCCGAGUCCGCCUUCCUGAGGGAGAUGCACUUCGGUAUAUGAUUGAGAGAACCGUGAACUGGCAACACAGAGCCCAGCAACUGCUUUCAUCAGGGAAUCUAAAAUUUGUGCAAGACCGAGUGGGCUCAGGACUGUUAUCUAGCAGAUGGCAAGCCUCUGGGGGACAGGUGUCAGAGACGGGCAAGGUAUUUCAACCUCCUGGCACAACGUCCUUUUCCUUGCCUGAUGACUGGGACAACCGAACCUCAUAUUUACACUCUCCCUUUUCUACUGGACAGAGUUGUAUCCCCCUCCACGGUUUGUAUUUUAUUAUCAUUGCUACUUUCAAGGGGCUGUAUAUUAACAGGUCAUCUUGUGCUAAGUCUUUGUUACAUAUGAUCAGGUACCAUAAAGAAUUUUAUCUUUAAAUGAAGGAUAUAGGUUACUGUGCACUUGCUAGGUAGUAGAAGGCUCAUAUUUUCAUGUUUAUAACUGCAAAA